AGUUUUUCAGGAUUAUGGACAUGGACGUGAAAUGAAAAUGAGAUGGUACGUGGGGCAAAUCAAACCCAAAGUUUUUAUACCUAUCGUGCAAAGCCACGACAAAUUUAAAUCACGCAAGAGGAAUUCCUCGAUACCCUGGACUUGACCAUCAUCGAGCAAAAUGGAAGUAAUGAAGGGUCCGCAAUUUUUACAAAAGGAUUGUAACAUAUACAGAAAUACAUUAGCACCCAAAAAAAUCCUGUAUGGGGAUUGGGGAUACAUACAAGAUAAUUUUCUCGCGAUCUCAGUGUGUAAUAUCAGCAAGUUAAUAAGAUUAGCGAGUAUAAGUGACAAUCACAGUGUCGUCAGCGCAAAUCGGAGAUAUCCUGCUACCAAUUGAGCGAAUGAGGAGGGACAGAGGAUCAUAUAGCUGAAGUCCGUCGCCCUGGAACGUUUUGUAAGAUGAAGUCCAUUGGUGGUCUGAUCGCCGCUUGUGCAUACUUAUGCUACGCUAAUUCACUUCCACCGGAUAAGGGUCAGAACAUACAAGGUCUUCACAUCAUCAAAACCCGAAGUAUAGACUUAAACAAUGCCCAUGCUCUAACUCUUGAAGCUCGUUUAGAAAAAACUGUCGAACCCACUGGCUACCAUCUAGAUAUCGAACCGUAUUUGGAAGAUGCACUGUUCAAAGGUCAUGUGAAGAUUAAUGUCACGUGGCUACAAGAUUCAGACGAAAUAAGUGUGCACUGCGCUCACGACUUGGAAGUGACAAAUUAUGAAGUGUAUAUUGAAGAAUCCGGGAAAAUGGAAAAGGUGGCAAUAAAAAAGAUGAGGAUGGAUACCAAGAAGCCGAUUCUAACGUUGCGGUUGGGCAGAACAGUUCCUAAGUCCACUUUAGGCUACUUGGACUUCAGUUUCAAAGGGAACUUGCAAACCACAUCAACUGAUGGUUUCUUCACGUCGACUUACAAAACUGAGGUCGAUGAAGAGCGCAUCGUUGCUGGCACCCAGCUUCGUCCGAACAACGCAAGGCGAAUGUUCCCUUGUUUUGAUGAACCAGGUUACAAGACUCCGUUUGAAUUAACAGUCGUGAGACCACGGGACAUGAUCGCUCUUAGCAACACACCCGUUGCUAAGACUGAAAAUAUAACUGAUGAACCAGGCGCAGUGAAAGAUUAUUUUGAAAGAACUCCGCCGAUGUCCACAUUCACUUUGGGAAUCGUAAUAGCUCAUUUAAAACAACUCGGUGGUUCCACACAAUAUAAAGAUGACAAUGGAAAUAAUAUCGAAUUGCGUGUCUGGGCUAGACCAGAGUUUCUCCCAGCGCUUGAAGGUGUGCAUGAGAAGGUUCCCCGUGUGUUCGCUGAAAUUGCCAACUUCUGGCAAGUUCCAUUGCCUCUAAGACGGUUGGAUAUUGUGGCAUUGCCAAAUUAUCUCGGCGUCAAACCCGUGGACAACUGGGGACUUAUUGUUUUUAAGGAGAGUGACCUAACAAACCGCAGAUACCUCCAAUUAGAACAAGAGAUCACAUACCACUGGCUCGGAGCCCUCACCACUCCCGCGUGGUGGAGCGACGCGUAUGUCAAUAAAGGACUUGUGGGGUAUAUCGCUGCAGAAAUUGCUUUGAAGCUUAACGACACGGAGAUAGAGAGACAAUGGCCGCUAACAGUGCUUUAUUCAAUAUAUUAUGAGUUCAGUAAGCGAUAUCCCCACUCUCGGAUUACCGGCAUGAAACAAGAGACAGCUUGCACUAAGAUAGAACUGCUGUUCAGACUUUUUAAUUAUACCCUCGGCGCUGAUACUUUUAGGAAGGGUUUGCGGAAAUUUAUAAAGGAAAAGAGAAUGAAAACAUUUACCAGUGAUGAUGUUUGGAAUGCUCUGAACGACGCUGCUCGGGAAGACGGCAAAAUUUCAAAAGACGUUGACAUUAAAAUGAUAGCCGCAAGUUGGAUUGAAAAAGACCGACUUCCUCUAAUCACAGUUACAAGGAAUUAUGAGAAGAAUACAGCUCACAUUUCACAGAAAGUAUACUUACGGGAGCGACCACAUGACGUUCCCAAUGCUGACAAGAUGACCUGGCAACUACCUCUAGUGUUAAUACGUGGAGAUAAAUUAGAUUUCACGAACACAGCUCCUGUAGCCUGGAUGCAGGGGAAAGAGAUGACGCUAGAUAACAUGCCGGGAAAAGAUCAGUUUAUCAUCGUGAAUCCUGAAGAAAUUGCUCCAUUCCCUGUCAACUACGAGAAGGACAAUUGGAACAUACUCCUACAGUUCCUACAAAGUGACAAGCGAGUUACCAUACCACCACUAACCCGUGCUAAAAUCCUUCACGAUGCAUGGAACCUUGCAUAUGCCGGCGAACUUUCCUUUGUAACCGCAUUAAAUAUGACAUUAUUUUUGAAAAAUGAGAAAGAUUACAUGGUCUGGGAGCCUGUGUUUACAAUGAUCGAUCAUAUUGGAAGGCAUAUUUGCUCGUGUAUAGCUGACAAAUUUAGGGCAUACGUCCGAACAUUCCUCAGUCCUCUUUAUGACGAGCUGAAGAUUGAGAAAGAAAAUGAAGAAUCUGGGAGGAAGAACUUACGGUCUUUAACGAAAUCAUUCCUCUGUAAAGCUGGAUACAAACCCUGUAUUCAGGAAGCGCAGGAAGCUUAUGACAAAUGGAUGGAAGCACCUAAUCCUGAUGAUGGGAACCCAAUUCCAAAUCAAUUCAUCUGUCCAGUCUUCAAAUGGGGUUCACAAAAGGAGUGGGAAUUUGGUCUACAGAGAGUUAUAAACUUCCCUUCAUCGAGAAAGCAAAGUGAACGAACAUAUCUAUUGAAGACACUCGCUGGGUGUCCUAUAGAAGAGUACAAGAUAAAUAGACUCUUGAAUAUCACCAUUCUAGAAGGAAAUGGAAACUUUACCGAGACAGACCUUUUCCUGAUAUUUAGUAUGCUGACUGGAGGCUCCGAAGGAUACACGACGCUAUUCCAUUUCUUAGAAAAUAACUUCGAUCUCUUAAAGGAAAAGUUCUCUUCAAAAACAAACUUAUGGGACAAUCUAAUUUCAUCAGCUACUGGUGAAUUCACGACUCAAGCUGGUCUAGACUUAGUAUCCAGGUUAUAUGUCGCUCACCAAGGGGAAUUCGGUUCUGCAGAACAUAUCAUAGAGAAGUCUAUGAGGAACAUUCGAGAAGAAGUCAAAUGGUCCUCAGAAAAUAUUCCCGUUAUAGAACAGUGGCUGGAUAAUUAUAAACAAAUGACGGAUGUUAAGGAUGAUCAGUUUAUUAAGAAUUGAUGUGCUAAUUUAGGUUUUAUAUCAAUAUAUCGAAGGUUCGUUUUAAGAAUGGUUUACCGGUUUACCUGUUUACUUUUCUUUAUAUGAUAGGUUUGUAUAUUUGUUUAAAAUAGUAUUUUUAAAUUAUUUGUAAAUUUUAUCAUCUUAUGUUUUUAGAUGGACUUCUCUCUUUUUAAAUACACUUUAUUUUUAGCCCACGUGUAA